AUGAACAUUCAAUACUUUGAGCUUGAAUCUUCACCAUCAUCGUCAUCCUUACAAGAUGAAUUGCUGGCAGACGACCAUGAAUCAUCCUCGUCCUCCUCUUCUUCUUCCUCAAUGAUGUCAUUCUUGGAACAACACCACCAUAAUACUGCUCAAUUUCCUUCUUCUUCUUCUUCUUGGUACUAUGCAAUCUGGAAGUCGCCCGUGGGCAAUAACAAUUCGACUGAUGGAUCCCGCAGCAGCGACCGAAAGAGGGCUCUCACGUUGAUGACCCGAAACGUCAGUCUGAUUGUUUCUGCAAUGAUGGUGGUACUGGUCCUCUUGAUGAAUUCUUCACGUUCCCCGAGGACAUUACUCAAGAACGCUCCUCCUCAGCAAGAACAACAACUUGCACCAGCUAUUAACAGUAGUACAGAUACGGAUGAUUUCUUUUUUGGAGUUGAAGACACGGACGAUCCAAGGUAUUGCGUCCUGAAUCAUAAACAUGGAAAACAGCAAAAGCUCGAUUUUGGGUAUAUGCCCUAUGCCACGGAAAUUGAUCGCCACCAUUGCGAACAGUACAAUUCCAAUCUAAGGUGGAGCCAAGAUUUGCGUUGCUACAGUCUCAAGAGCAGAUGGUGUUUUGCCACUCUAGAAGAUGGGUUUUCAAUCGAGGAAUUAGAAUUUCAUCAUCAUGGUUGUCAAAUGAAAUUUUACGAAACGGAGGAUGGAACCUUGUACCAAUAUGACGGUACAAGAAUGCCAGACUCGUAUUCCCGCCAAGCACACUGCGCCACUGCUACUACUGCUACUACUUCUACUACUUCUACUACUAGUGAACCAGCAGAAUCCAAACUGUGGUAUUCGAUCCAACCCAAGACUGGUUGUGGUCAGGUUCCAUUGCGAUUCUGCCGAGACGAUGGUAGCGUCCAUUGGGAUUUGCUUCGUAUGCACAGGCACAUUACUGGCAACAAUGCCAUGUCAUCCUUUCAAUACAAUUGUCGCGAAUUCCAACUCAUUGACUUGAUGGACGAAGGAAGCGAGGAUGUUUCUCAAGUGGAGCAACUAUGUCAAGAACAAGUCCAAGGAUGCGCCAAUCGUCUCUAUCGAGGCUGCGAUGGAAAUGGCAAGAUUAGUCAAGAGCUCAUUAACAAUGAUGACGAAGAAUGCCUCCAAUUUGAUGAAUUGGAUUCUGGUUUGGCUGGCCAUCAGACAGAUCAAGGUGUGGAUCUAAUAUGCCUGUCACCAUCGUCGUCGCCAUGA